AUGUCCAAAGCUGAUGACAAUGUGUCCAGGGUUUCGGAUCCCGAGAAGGAGGUCCAGCCGGGGAAUGAGCCGGAGGAGUCCAAAUUGGAUCGCUUUGAGGAUCCGGAUGAGGGUGUGAGUGAGGAGGAGCGGGCUAAGAGGGACCGCAAGCUGCUGUGGAAGCUAGACCUGCGCCUCGUCCCCUGGCUUUGUCUACUCUACCUCGUCGCCUUUCUGGACCGGACAAAUAUCGGAAAUGCCAAGGUCGCCGGUCUGCAAGAGGAUCUAAACAUCACCGAUACCCAGUAUAACAUCGCCUUGACUGUCUUCUUCAUCUCGUACUCGGUUUUCGAGCCUCUCACCAAUGUCCUGCUCAAGCGCUGGGGCCCUAGUAUCUUCAUUCCCGUCAUUGUGAUUUUGUGGGUGAGUACUCCGUGUUGA